AAGCAGGCGUGUCCUGCUAGUGUGGCCGCUAUAAAAGCGGUCCGCGCGUCUCCAGCCCGCAGCUCACACUGCACCGCGGCUGCCCACAUGGACCUGAGACACCCUGAACCCUGGUCCGACUUGAAAAAGGUGGAGCUCCACGUGCAUCUUGAUGGAGCCGUUCGAGUUGAAACCAUUCUGGACGUUGCCAGGAGGCGGGGCAUUGCUCUGCAUCAACGCACAGUGGAGGAGUUGAGAAACAUCAUCAUCCUCGAGGAGCCGGUCGACCUCACACAGUUCAUCGGCAAAUUUGCCGUGUACAUGCACGUGCUUGCUGGCGACAGAGAGGCCAUCCGCAGGAUUGCCUACGAGUUUGUGGAGGACAAAGCAAAGGAAGGGGUGAUUUAUGUGGAGGUCAGGUACAGCCCUCACUUGCUGGCCAACUCAGAUGUGGAUCCAAUCCCGUGGGACCAGGAAGAAGGUGAUGUGACUCCAGAGGAGGUGGUGAAACUGGUGAACCAGGGUCUCCAGGAGGGGGAGAGAGACUUCAAAAUCAAAGCCAGGUCCAUUCUAUGCUGCAUGCGCCACCAGCAAAACUGGUCCAACCACGUGGUGGAGUUGUGUGACAGAUAUCGGCAUGAAGGAGUGGUGGGCAUCGACCUGGCGGGAGACGAGUCACGCGACUGUGAUGCUUAUCCAGGACAUCGGCGCGCAUUCGAGGAAGCAGUGCGUCGGGGCAUCCACAGGACAGUCCACGCUGGUGAGGUGGGGGCGCCCUCUGUGGUCAGAGAGGCAGUUGAGGUUCUGAAAGCCGAGCGAGUGGGUCACGGAUACAGAACUGUGGAGGAUCCGGAGCUUUACCGACAACUGCUUCAUCGAGAAAUGCACUUCGAGGUGUGUCCCAUCUCCAGUCGGCUGACCGGCGCCUGCCACCCAGACUUCACCCAACAUCCUGCCAUCAGGUUUCGGGAGGACCAGGCCAACUUCUCUCUGAACUCAGAUGACCCCCUCAUCUUCGACUGCACUCUGAAUCAGGACUACAGAGUGGCUCAGGAGAAGAUGGGCUUCACCCUGGAUGAGUUCAAGAGGCUGAACAUCAACGCAGCCAAGUCCAGCUUCCUGCCGGACGGUGAGAAGACGCAGCUGUUGGAGCAACUCUACGACGCGUACGGGAUGAGACGCAGCACUGCGUUUUAGCCUGCGCUGACCGCUCAAAGACAAAUGCAAUUUUACCAGGCUGACCAAAGAUCAGCACGACUUGCCUUUGCAUGGUGCUGCCUCUCUCCACAUCAGAUUUGUGUUUACUCUCCUUCUCAGGGACGCACUUCAAUUCCCCGGCCGGCUUCAUCGCGUGACAUAUUUAAUGUCUGACUUGAAGUCAGUUCACCUCUGAUGUGCAUAUUUAAACUAAAACAAGCACUUCCACCUACUCAACAAGCAAAUAAACAAUGUAUUUUAACACUCAUUUUGACACUUUUUCAAUGGAGCAUCAUCUGCCUGUGCUGUGUAGGAAUGUAAACUCGGGGUCAGUCAGCUCGCAGGUUUGUUUCAGAUACGUGUCGCCACCAACCAAAGCAUGAAGAGGUUGCUACACUACGGGUUUCAGAAAAGGAGGAGACUGUUACACUCCGA